AUGGUUAGUUACCUCGGAAGCAUUAGUUUUACACGACUUGAUGCCCUUUUCAACCGAGGUUUUAUAGCUCAAAUCCGACCUAUCUACCAACCCAAUCCAUCUCUCCACCGAUCCGACUCCAAAAUCCAAAUAUCAAUACCACGACAAAACAAUUUCAAAGAACUCACCAAUCCUGCAGUGCCAACAAUCAAAGCCAGUUUAGGUGAAUUUGAUCAUGGUUUAAGUUUAUUCAUUUUGAAAACAGACCAAUCACUCUACGCUCUUUUCCACACUUCAAUCAAUCUUCAACCACAUCUAGUUGAUUCAUCUUACAUACCAAUCCAACACUUUCAAAUCUUCCAAAUCAAAAACUUCAAUCAAACUGUGAUCAUUUCUAAGGUGAAAUGA